GUAUGAUGGUGGAUGGAUGGUACUAGUUAACUAUGUAUGUAUCAAGUCCUCCUCGCCCAGAGAGAGAGUGUAGGAACACAAAGAAGUAAAAUUGAUGGGGUGUUGUUGCACCAAACAGCGAGUCGAUAAAAAAGAUCCAGCAGUUCUUGCUUCCCAAACCUAUUUUAAUCUUUCUGAAAUUGAAGCAUUGUAUGAUCUGUUCAAGAAAUUAAGCAGCUCCAUCAUCGACGACGGGGUUAUCAGCAAAGAAGAGUUUCAGCUUGGCUUAUUUGGAAGCAGCGAGAAACGGAGCCUCUUUGCCGACAGGGUCUUCGAAUUAUUUGACUCAAAAAAUAAUGGGGUGAUAGAAUUUGGAGAGUUCGUUCAAGCUCUGAGCGUCUUCCACCCAGCAGCGCCACAAACACAAAAAGCAGAUUUUGCAUUUCGACUCUAUGAUAUAUGUCAAAGAGGCUUUAUUCAACGUCACGAGGUAAGAGAGAUGAUACUGGCACUACUAAAUGAGUCGAAUUUGGUUCUGUCUCAUGAGAUAAUUGAGGUCAUAAUUGAUAAGACCUUUGAAGAAGCAGACUCAAAAGGAGACGGAAGGAUUGAUCCAGAGGAGUGGCAAGAAUUUGUAGCUCGAAAUCCAUCCUUAUUAUUGAGGAACAUGACAAUUCCCUAUUUGAAGGAUCUUACUACACAGUUUCAUAGUUUCAAGCUAACAUCAGGCAUUGAAGACUGUACAAGCAGAAGCAGCACAUCCCCUGAGAAAGAUAACAUCUUAGAAUUGAAGGACAAUUUCAACGGUGUCAGCAUUAAUUAAUAUUUUGCGCAAAUAAAAGAGAUAACCAUUGAAGAACAUUUACACAAUUCCUGCGAGCUUAUAUUGUCCAUUGUUCAUUAUCAUAGUGGUCCUAUUGGUAAUUUCAGCCUCGUUGUCUUUCAAAUUUUGCCCUCUUUGUCACGUGGAUACAUGAGUGACUGCUAACACUAUCUUUUAUUAAUCCUAUG